UGAAUAUAAUUUAUUGAUAUAUCCAGACACACACACACACACAACCAGAAGGAAAGGAAGAGCCUUUGCUUUAAGGAACAACAGACUGAUUAUUUUUCUUUGAACAAUUCUUUCUUUCUAUAUGAUAUAUAAAAGCCCACCAGAUUAAACAAUCUUCUUCCUAGUGUCAAUAUUUGAUGGAUAGGGUGUUUGUGUGAUGUGCAGUAAAUGAGAAGCAAGAAUUUAGGGUUUAUGUGAGCAGCUGCUGUCGUUGUUGUUGGUUGUACAUAUUAAUCUUGACAUAUUGAGUAGCAUAACAAAUAUCAGAUAUGGGGAGAGGGAAGGUUGAGUUGAAGCGGAUCGAGAACAAGAUUAACAGGCAAGUGACCUUCUCCAAGAGGAGGUCAGGGCUGCUCAAAAAGGCCAAUGAGAUCUCUGUCUUGUGCGAUGCUGAGGUUGCUUUGAUUGUUUUUUCUGCCAAAGGAAAGCUCUUUGAGUACUCUACUGAUACCAGCAUGGAAAGAAUUAUCGAAAAAUAUGAAAGACAUUCAUAUGCAGAGAAAAAUCUGACAACGAAUUCCCAACCCAAGGAAAAUAAUUUGUGUAUUGAGCACCCAAAACUGAUGGCUCGGUUAGAAGUUUUACAAAGAAACAUGAGGAACUAUGAGGGAGAAGAUCUAGACCCUCUCAGCUUGAGAGAGCUCCAGAGUCUGCAGCAACAGCUUGACAGUGCUUUGAAACGAAUUCGGACAAGGAAGAACCAACUUAUGCAGGAGUCCAUUUCUGUGCUUCAGAAAAAGGGGAGAUUGCUGCAGGAGCAAAACAACUUACUAGCAAAGAAGGUAAAGGAAAAGGAGAAAGAGGAAGAGCAAGAACAAGAGCAAGAGGCCUUAUUACCUCCAACUUCAUUCACAUUCUCACUUCCUCCACAACUUCUCCAUGGGACAUCUUCCCUAACUAUAUGUGGUGAUCAAGAGCCGACGACCGGAGCUGAAGAGGAUGGCAACCGAGCUCCUCCUAGAGAUUCCAACGCCCAUAUUCCACCGUGGCUCCUCCGCCACUAGAGCCGAUAAGAGAAACAUGACCAGAUUCCGGCCACCCUAAGUUAGUAUGAUUGAAUUAUAACUACUAAGUUGAAUAAAUCCCCCCCCCCCCUAGCAUUUAUCUGUAUAAAAAGAAAACAUAAGUGAUUGUCUGAUUUUUGUACCUUUUGUUUGUGACUAUGUAUACCUAAGUUGGUGCCUAAAGUAUAUUAGCAAUUGUUGUUUAUGGAAAUGAUGACAUGAAAUGGGAAGAGAGAUUUCAUCAGUAUGUAAGAAUUAAUGUUAGUACUUAUGUAAGAGACCACCUGUCAACUACAUUUUCAAAUUUAAACAUAUUUAUAAGUAGCA